UUUUGCCUGCCGAUAGAUGCCCGGGGACGAACGUCUGCACACAGUUGGAACUGGCCGCGAACUGCGAGCGCCGCUGAUAAUCAAGUGUCAAAAUUCAUAUUCAAAAUUCAAAUGCUGCCUGACGCUGGCGAUGGCGAUGGCGUUGCGCAUGUGUCUUGCGGGCAGGCGACGAUUGGGUGUGGAGAGUGGGCGUUUGCGGCGAGUAGUCAAGGUGCCCCAAGCAGUGUGGCAGAAAGUCGAGUGGAUAUUGCAGAGGGUGAAGCCAAAGGCGAUGGCGAAGGCAAAGACGAAGUUUCCCAACAGGUUUGCAUGUGUGGCUCAUUAUUUGCGCACAAUUAGCGCUUUUCAAUGGCGAUAACAAUUAUGAUAAUAACCAAGCUGCUGUUCUACUCUUGGGGGAAAUCUUUUGCUGGCAUAUGCAUAUUUCUCUAGGUGCACAAAACUGAAGAGUUUGCUCGAAUUUUGAUAGUGCCACUACGAGU